AUGGGAAAAACCUUCAAGCAGAGAAUUCAAAAUUUGUUUUCCUGCUGUUCAAUCAAGCCUAAACGACCAGAAGAAGUUGUGAGUUCGCCACCAUAUUAUCCCGAUUUACGCGGACCGUACUUCACAGCCGAGUCGGUCGUAGGCAUUCGAGAUAUCUCUGGGAUCGACCUGUCCACUGUUUCUCACGUGACAUGCCCAGAAAGCUACCCUGUUCCUGUAGCACGUAAUCAGAAGAAAUUUUCCCUGUUUCGUCGUCGAAACAGAGUAGCACCGAUGCCAGAAGGAAUGGAAGACGUCAUAGUCAGAGGAACACUGUGUCAGGACAGCAUUGGGCCCUUAUUCGUUAACCGUCAAUGUACAACCAUGGCAUACGAGGCGUUGGCUUACCAAGCCAGACGAAGACAUCCAGAGACCUGGACCUCCAUGGAUAUCGACAAUAUCAUCCGCCUUGGGCACCGCCAACACAGUCAAUUCCGGAUUGUUGAUAAACUGAGCACCCACAUAGAUCAAAAAGUGGGGGUUUAUCAACUUCCUGAAGAAUAUCAAGUGCGUAAUCUCCCAACGUUUCUGUCCAUGGGAAAUUGUGGCAGCAGCUUGGAACGAAAAGGAGUCACCGCUACGAUGCUUUCAAGUGUUGACGGUUGCUUCCAGUACGAAAACAGGGACUUCGCCGAAGCAUUAUCUGCUGUGUCUCCCGAAUUUCCUGCUUUCAUGGCCAAGACGUUCGAAUCAAACCCCAAGGCAGCCGUCCAUAUGGUUCUUACUAUUGGCGAGUACUCAAUGGCAGUGUGGCGAAGAAAGGACGAUAACAGACUGUGGCUCUUUGAUAGCCACCGGAGGGGCCCAAGGGGAGAUAAUAAUGUGAUCCCGACAGACCCAGGUGCUGCCCUCAUGCGUUCGUUUCGGAAUCUUGACGCCCUCAUGACGCACCUAAUUAUACAGUGUGGAACCAAUUUCUCAUACAGCGCCGCGUUGAUCGGCUAUGAUGAGGUAAAGUCAUGUUCCUCUCAACAAAAUCACGGCUUAGAGAUUGCCAAAUGCGAGUCGAAACUGGGAAGGAUGAGUCACGCGUGGACAGAAUGGAGAUAUAUUGCUAAUAUCAUACCGAAGUCAAACACCACUCACCCAGCAGGGUCCUACACAGAAUAA